GUUACGAAAUUAUCAACAUCGGAAAUGAAGAGAAGGGGGAAUGAAAAUCAUUUGGUUCAUUUGAGAGACAGAGUGAGUUCGAUAAACAAUGAAACAGAAGUCAUUUACUCUAGGCUUAGUAUGAGUAGCGAUGAAGGUUUCGAAGCAGAAGAAGACGAAUCUCUUUUAGAACCGCAUUAUCUAACAGGGAAAAGACAUAGUAGAACGUAUAAGUUUUUUUGCUGUUUUUGUAAUUGUGUACACUAUAUAUUUUCAAUGUGUUGUAACUCGGUGUCCAGUUGGUGGUGUAGGUGUGGCACCACCGAAUAUAGGGCGAGAACAGUAUUUAUUGGGAGAAUGUCAAAUGAAAGUUUUCCGCCAAAUAUAAUAAAGAACCAAAAAUAUAAUGUUAUUACAUUCAUUCCACUAGUCUUGUUUCAUCAAUUCAAAUUUUUCCUCAAUUUAUAUUUUCUUUUAAUGGCGAUAUCUCAGUUUAUUCCUGAAAUCAGAAUCGGAUAUUUAUAUACAUAUUGGGGACCAUUGGGUUUUGUUUUAACUGUGACAUUAAUUAGAGAAGCAAUCGACGAUAUCAGGAGAUAUAGUCGUGAUAAAGAAGUCAAUAGUCAGAAAUAUCGUAAACUAACAUCUCAAGGAGUUAUUCAGGUGCCAAGUUCUGAUAUUAAAGUGUCUGAUUUGAUUAUUGUUGAGAAAAAUCAGAGAGUUCCUUCAGAUAUGGUGUUUCUAAGGACGACUGAGAAAAAUGGUGCUUGUUUUAUUCGUACUGACCAGUUAGAUGGAGAAACUGAUUGGAAAUUAAGAUUGGCUGUUGAAACUACGCAACGAUUAUCAUCAAAUGAAGAAUUAUAUCAAAUAGAUGCAUCUAUAUAUGCGGAAGAACCAAAGAGAGAUAUACAUAGUUUUAUUGGAAAAUUUACACGUCAUGAUGGAGAGGGAGCUGAAGAUUCUCUUGGAAUAGAAAAUACUGUCUGGGCAAAUACUGUCAUUGCAUCGGGAACUGCUGUCGGAAUUGUGAUAUAUACAGGACGAGAAACAAGAAGUGUUAUGAAUAAUUCUGAACCAAGAAGCAAAGAAUUAUAUCAAAUAGAUGCAUCUAUAUAUGCGGAAGAACCAAAGAGAGAUAUACAUAGUUUUAUUGGAAAAUUUACACGUCAUGAUGGAGAGGGAGCUGAAGAUUCUCUUGGAAUAGAAAAUACUGUCUGGGCAAAUACUGUCAUUGCAUCGGGAACUGCUGUCGGAAUUGUGAUAUAUACAGGACGAGAAACAAGAAGUGUUAUGAAUAAUUCUGAACCAAGAAGCAAAGUAGGAUUACUUGAUAUGGAAAUAAAUCAGCUAACAAAAGUUCUGUUUGCUGCAGUAAUUGGACUUUCUAUCGUAAUGAUGAUAUUAAAGGGAUUUGGAGGAACCUGGUAUCGCUACCUCUUUAGAUUUAUUCUUCUAUUUUCAUAUAUUAUACCAAUCAGUUUACGUGUGAAUUUGGAUAUGGGCAAAGUCGUAUAUUCUUGGAUGAUUCAGAAAGAUAAAGAUAUAUCUGGAACUGUAGUUAGAAGUACUACAAUUCCCGAGGAAUUGGGUCGGAUUGUUUAUUUACUUUGUGAUAAAACUGGAACAUUGACAAAAAAUGAAAUGGUUUUUAAACGACUUCAUUUAGGCACAGUCUCUUUUAGUAAUGAAUCAUUUGAUGAGGUUACCGCACAUCUUAGAACUGCUUAUGCACCACUUCCUUCAACUCCUGGUGGAACGGGAGUAACUCCAAGUCGUUUCACUCAGCAACCUAAAAUGAGACGCACAGUAAUUACAAGAGUUCAAGAAGCAGUAAAAGCAUUGGCUCUGUGUCAUAAUGUCACCCCAGUUUACGAAAAUGCAUCUGUAGCUUCAGAAUCAGAAUCAUUAGAAAUAGAACAAGAAUUGAAAGAGGAUUUUGAUACGGAAGCUGAUCAACAGAUAAAACAGUCAUUUGUAUAUCAGGCAUCGAGUCCAGAUGAAGUAUCAUUAGUAUCAUGGACGGACAGUAUCGGGUUAGCCCUUGUAUAUAGAGAUUUGACGACAAUGCAAUUACGAACCUCGUAUGGAGAAAUUUUAACUUUUGCAAUAUUACAGAUAUUUCCAUUUACAUCUGAAACAAAAAGGAUGGGAAUUAUUGUUAAAGAAGAAAAUACCGGGGAAAUAACAUUCUACAUGAAAGGAGCUGACGUAGUAAUGUCUAGUAUAGUCCAAUAUAAUGAUUGGCUAGAUGAAGAGUGUGGAAACAUGGCUCGGGAAGGUCUCCGGACAUUAGUCGUUGCUAAAAAAAUUUUAACUGAAGACCAGUAUGCUGAUUUUGAGGCACGUUACAAUCAAGCAAAAGUUAGUAUCCAUGAUAGAACUGCAAGGGUGGCUGCUGUGGUGGAGAGUUUAGAAAGAGAUAUGGAAUUACUUUGUUUGACUGGUGUUGAAGAUAAGCUGCAAGAAGAUGUCAAACCUACUCUUGAAUUAUUAAGGAAUGCUGGAUUAAAAGUUUGGAUGCUGACGGGAGACAAAUUGGAAACAGCUACUAGUAUUGCCAAGUCAUCUCACUUAGUUUCUCGUAAUCAGCAGACACAUAUCUUCCGCUCCAUCAAGUCUCGUAAUGAGGCUCAUUUGGAGUUAAACUCUUUUCGCCGAAAAAAUGACUGUACUCUGAUAAUCAACGGCGAUGCUUUAGAAAUCUGUCUAAAGUUCUAUCCUUCCGAAUUUAUGGAACUUGCAUGCCAAUGUCCAGCCGUUGUGUGUUGUAGAUGUUCUCCCACGCAGAAGGCUGAAGUCGUUAGAUUGAUUCAACAGCUUACAGGGAAAAGAACAUGUGCAGUUGGUGAUGGAGGAAAUGAUGUAAGCAUGAUUCAAGCAGCUGACGCUGGAAUCGGAAUAGUCGGAAAAGAAGGAAAACAAGCAUCUCUUGCAGCCGACUUUUCUAUAACUCAGUUCAGCCACAUAUCCAGACUUUUUCUUGUGCAUGGACGUUUGAGCUAUAAACGUUCUGCAGCCCUCAGCCAAUUUGUGAUUCAUCGUGGAUUGAUUAUCUCAAUUAUGCAAGCAAUUUUCUCAUCCAUUUUUUAUUUCUCAUCAAUUGCUCUAUAUCAAGGAUUUUUAAUGGUUGGUUAUGCAACUGUUUACACAAUGUUUCCAGUCUUUUCAUUAGUAUUAGAUAAAGAUGUUUCUCCUCAGAUAGCAAUCAUGUAUCCGGAAUUGUACAAAGAGUUGACCAAGGGUCGUUCAUUAUCCUUCAAAACAUUCUUCAUCUGGGUGUUAAUCAGUAUUUAUCAAGGUGCUAUAAUCAUGUAUGGUGCUUUGCUAUUAUUUGAAGAUGAAUUUAUCCACAUCGUCAGCAUUAGUUUUACCUCACUCAUCCUGACCGAAUUGUUAAUGGUUGCUCUCACCAUCAGAAUGUGGCACUGGUUAAUGAUUGUGGCAGAAUUUUUCAGUCUUUCGAUAUACAUUCUUUCACUUGUACUGUUGCCGGAAUUUUUUGAUACACAAUUUAUUCAGACUUGGACGUUUUUAUGGAAAGUGAUGGUUAUAACACUAGUUAGUUGUUUGCCAUUAUAUAUAUUAAAAUACCUGCACAGGAAAGUAGCACCACCCAGCUAUUCUAAACUAACAUAAAAUGGGUGAUGUACAAAUAAGUCACCAAAAAUGCUAAUAUUUAUCUAUACAAGUAAAAAUGUUACUUUUUCGGUUAAUUCAAUUUUAGUUUUAAAAAACAGUCUUAACAGCAAGUUUCUGAACAAAUAUUCUCAUUAUUCAUCACAAAAAUUAUCAUUUUUUUAAAAGUAAUUUUCUAUGCAGGAAGUUAUUGUAAUUGGUAUUUAAUAAGGGGUAGAUAUCAUUUUAUUUGAAUAUGUUUUCCAGGGAGAUGGCUUGAAAAUAAUGCAGGGAAAAGUUAAUGUCUUUUUAUAAAAAAAGGAAAAAUAUAUUGUCUUAAAUGUGAAUUUAUGCAAGUAUGAAAAGAAUAUAUUUAAUAUAUUUUGUUGAACAUAAUCUAGAUUGAAUUUUAUUAAUAGUUAAUCCAUAAAAUAAAUGAUUUUUAUGGAUAAUAUAUCAUAUUCUCAUAAAUAUAUAGUACAAAAUGCAGAGAUUGUCGUAUACAUCUGCAGUGACAAUAAAUUCAUUAAAACCCCCACAUUUUGCAAAAAAAUUUUUAUGAUUUUCACACUACCAAAGGCAGGACACCUUCUAAAAUAAGCCAUAAACUUUUAACUUCUGCUUUAUUUUGUGCAAUAAUUACCGAGACCAAAACUAUUUUAUGUGACAGACUAAUUCCGAUAAAUGUAUCUAUUACAUAUAUUCUGUAAUUGUUUUCGAUGAUUAUAUUAUUAAAUCUACUUUUUUCUUCUUUAAUGGAGUUCCUAAAAAUGCUUAUUUUAAUAUCUGAGCACUUUUGAACUUUCCAGUUCAUUAUCACAGAUAAAAUUAAAGGAACUACAUGUACUCCCCUACAUACACUUAUGAUGAAAAGUCCAUUUGUACACAGAAUACAUUAUGCUACUACUACUUAGUAUUAGGUAAAAAAAAAACUGCAUUUGAAACACCUAAUACACUUAGAGCAACAUUUCUUGCAUUUAUUACCAUGGAAACUAAACUU